AUGCUCAUUGCGCCGAUUGCAAGUGAAGCUCUCUAUGCUACACUCAGAUAUCCCUUCCGCCUGCUGCACUCCGCAAACGAGAAGAUCAACAGCGAGGCGCUAGCGCUAGCGCUCUUGAUUCCGAGUCUGCCAGAAUCCAGCCGCGGUCGGAUGCAGCGUUUAUGGCGGCUGACAGUCCCAGGCUACAAUCCUCCUCUCGGCCAGCUGAUGUUCUGCAGGCACUCGUCGCCAUGGAGGUCUACUUCGUCUGUGCUCGCGGCAGCAGCUCUUGGCCUGAGAGCACCCUCCACACGACUGGUUCUCCCAGGGCGCCGAUACGGACAGAAGGUGCCGGAUAAGUACCUUUUGACAGAUGCAGCUACGCUGCCCUUCUCGUUCUCUGGAACGUAUUGGAAACCCUCAGCCCACCAUUUGUGUCUGUCCACGCGCGAUGCCAGUCACAGGACACACAUGCACGAAUACAAGAGCCUCUCGACGCGUCCUUGCUCAAGCAUUGCCUCUGCUCUUCCUGCUGGCGGUAUCCCUGCUCCCAGCAUGUCCUCCGAACCCCAGGUCGAUUACCGUCUCCCGACAACUGUCAGGCCAACCCACUAUGACCUGACCAUCCGCACGGACUUGGAAAAGUCUAGGUUUGACGGCUUUGUGAAAGUGCAUCUUGACAUUCUUAAGGAUACUUCUCAGCUCGUCUUCAAUACUGCUGAACUCGAGCUCAGUAACCCUGUCCUAUAUUCGGAGGCCUUGCACAUGGAACAAACACCAUCUACCCUGUCCUUUGACACCAUCAUGGAGCGUGGAUUCUUGUCUUUUACCACUCCGCUUCCCGCAGACUCAAAGGCGCAGCUGUCACUCUCCUUUACCGGACAAUUGACUGGUGCAAUGAUGGGUUAUUACAAGUCUGUUGGUGGAGAAGACGGCAAAGAUGUAUAUGCGCUCACUCAAUUUGAGCCGACUAUUGCCCGCAAAGCGUUCCCGUGCUGGGAUGAACCCUCGCUGAAAGCAACGUUCGCAGUCACAUUGAUCUCUCGCGCAGAUACUGUUAAUCUUAGCAACAUGUCCGUUGCCUCUGAAUCAAUUUAUGAGCCAGGCACUACGCCCGAGACAAAUAUUGUUCUCUCCUGGCUUUCUACUAAGCUGUCUACUCUGGGAUCUGAAAAUGCGGAUAAAUGGAUAAUUACGGGAUUUGAUACUAGCCCUCCUGCAAUGGCCUGGGCGAAUGGACACUUCAAGUAUUUGGAAAGCUCAUAUGUGAGCCCUCUGAGUGGCAAGACUCGACCUCUUCGUAUCUACGCCACUGCGGAAAUCAUUCACCAGGCUCAGUUUGCGCUCGAUUUGAAACGACAGAUUCUCCCUAUCUAUGAGAAAGUAUUCGAUAUUGAAUAUCCUCUCCCGAAAUUGGAUACUUUGGUUGCUCAUGAUUACGAUGCUGGUGCAAUGGAGAAUUGGGGUCUCAUCACAGGGCGAACAUCCACUCUUCUUCUCGACCCCAAAUCUUCCGAUCUACCAACGAAAAAACAUGUUGCGGAGACACAAUGUCACGAAGUUGCACAUAUGUGGUUCGGGGACAUUACCACCAUGGCAUGGUGGGACAACCUGUUUCGCGACGUUGGUGGGCGAGGUCAUGAUUCUUGGAUAUUUCCUGAAUGGAAGCUCAACUCGGCAUUCGUCUCUGGACGCUUUGCAUAUGCUCUGAAUGUAGAUGCCAAGAUCUCCUCUCAUCCCAUUGAAGUGGAAUGCCCAGAUGCAAACAUGGUCAACCAGAUUUUCGAUGGCUUGUCAUAUGCCAAAGCUGCCGCAGUAUUGCGCAUGCUAGCGAGCUUCGUUGGUGAAGAGGGUUUCUUGAAAGGCGUAUCCGUUUAUUUGAAGAAGCAUCUGUUCAAGAACAGCGUCACGAAGGACCUAUGGAAUGGGCACGACAUCCCCAAGAUGAUGGACAACUGGGUGAAGACGACAGGCUACCCAGUCCUCACAGUCACCGAGGCGGAGAACGGCAUCCACGUACGACAGGAUCGUUUCUUAGAUUCAGGCCCUGCGAACGCGACUGACAACCAAACGAUUUGGACUAUUCCCUUAAGCAUAUUGACGGUCACGGCUAAGGGUGACGUGAUCGUCAACCGUGAGCUCGUCUUGGACCAGCGCUCGAUGUUUAUCCCUCUUGACGUCACGAAGCCGUUCAAACUCAAUGCGGGCACUGUGAGCUUUUGUCGAGUGUUUUAUCCCCCAGAACGCCUAGUCAAGAUUGGCCGAGAGGCCGCCCAAUCGCCAUCGCCAUUCUCCAUCGAAGACCGCAUGGGCAUCGUCGACGAUGCACUAGCGUUAUCGAAGGCGGGCUUCUCGAAAGUCAGCAGCGCGCUGUCGCUGAUUGACGUAUUGCGCAAUGAACAGGAAUAUCUGGUAUGGGACAGCAUAAGCAAGAACCUUGCACAGAUGCGCAAUGUCUGGUGGGAGCAUGAUGACAUUGCAGACUUCAUAGAUGGAUUCCGUCGUGAACUAUUUACUCCCAUUGUCCAACGCCUGGGCUAUGUCGCAUCUCAGGAAGACGAUGCAGAUACCCAAGAGCUGCGAACGUUGGCCAUUGAAGCAGCCUCGUUUGCUGGAGAGAAGAGCGUGGUGAAAGAGUUGACUGACCGAUUCGCCUACUACUUGAAGACAGGUGAUGAUUCGCGCAUACCUGCUGAACUGGAACAGGCUAUCUAUAACGCUGCUGUGCUUCACGGGGGCCGCGAGGAAUGGGAGGCUGUCAAGCAUAUCGCCGCCAAGCCAAAAACGCCUUCAUCGGGAGUUGCAGCAAUGCUUGCUAUGUGUGCUACUGAGGAUUUAGAUCUUGCAGAGGAGACGUUCCAGUACACGAUGACAGAUGCUCGAGACCAAGAUCUCAUGUACUUCUUCCGCGGCCUUGCCAUGAACAAGAAGACUAGGCGUCUUUUAGUAGUUAACUUCAAAAAGAACUACGAUGCAUUUGACAAGCGGUUAGAAGGCAAUUACAGUAUGCAAUUCCUCGUCAGCAUCGCAAUAUCCCCAUUAUCGUCAGACAAAGACUAUGAAGAGACAGUCGAGUUCUUCAAGACUAAGGACACGUCGAAGUACGACAUGGUACUGAAGCAAUCCCUUGACAGUAUUGCGUCACGUUCUGCUUGGAUCAAGCGCUCUACGAAUGAUGUCCAGGAGUGGUUCCGGAGCAGAACAAGUCUGUCGAAAGUUUGA